UGUGUGUGUGUGUGUGUGUGAGAGAGCGUGUGGGGGAGGGGUAUUGGCUGGGGUGGAACAGUCCUGUAAUGAGCAGAUUUUAGAGAGAGAGAGAGCGAGAGAAAUAGAAAGAGAGCAAGGCCGAAAAACACGAGAGGACGGAUGACUGUGUGGAUUGAGGAUUGAGGAUAAAACAGAAACAUGGAGACGACGACGGAGAGAAGAGCAGAGGAAUAAUUUAUUUUCUGUUUUUUUUUGGUCACAUCUUCAGGAGGAGAGAGCUUCAUCUUACAUCACAGCCGAGCGCAGGGGAGGAAAUAAGAGGAGAGAUAUUCCCUCUCCGUGAUGUCUGCCGAGGUGUGUGUGCGAGGCUGAUGCUGUGUGUGUUAUGGAUGUGUGUGUCUGAGCGUUAGCUUGGGUGCUUGUUUCCAGGCCAUGCUAAGAAAAAAUAUCCCCAGCUUCUCAGAUUUUUUUUAUUAGCAUCUGAGCGCAGCAUCAUCCUGUCUCUCCCUCUCCUCCUGUCGGUGCUGCAGCGACGUUCUCACAGUCGGAUGUUUGGAUGCUGUGAUGUCUGUCUGAGCGCGCUCGCUGCUUUGAGGGCCUCCGGGACUGCUGGAGAAGCCUAGGCCUCGCUUGUCUGGAGUGCCCUGCUGCACAGCCAAGGCGACGGGCCGGCGAGCUGCCCGGCUGCGAGGCUGCGUGGGGCAGGAAGGUGGAGGAGGAAGUGGAGGAGGAGGAGGAGGAGAAACACUCUGAGCCUGCAUGCCCAUGGGAAGCAGCAUGCACAGGAGCCGCCUUCGUGAGUCCAGACCCGCUGCUGAGGAUGAGACUGCUUCUCCAUCGUGAGGUGACGCUGUUCCAGAAACAUCCGGCUGAUUCCAAGACGAGGAGCUGCUGUUCUACAUCCUAAACUGGGCGGAGAGGAGGAGGCGAGGCCUGCAGCUCCAUGCUAACGGAUCAGACGAGGCCUCCUCCCUCUGCUCCUUCUGACUGAACCGGCCUGUUCUCUCUUUUCUGACGUUCUAAGGAUUUGCCUAAACCUGUUUCAUGCAUGUCCACUGGAGGCAGGUUUGACUUUGAUGACGGGGGGUCGUACUGCGGGGGGUGGGAGCAGGGCAAGGCCCAUGGCCGAGGGGUCUGCACGGGGCCCCAGGGUCAGGGCGAGUAUGCCGGAGCUUGGAGCCACGGGUUCGAGGUCCUGGGUGUGUACACAUGGCCCAGCGGGAACAGCUACCAGGGCACCUGGGCGCAGGGCAAGAGGCACGGCAUUGGGGUGGAGAACAAGGGCCGCUGGGAGUACAGGGGGGAGUGGACACAGGGCUUCAAAGGUCGUUAUGGGCAGCUGGAGAGCACGGCCAGCGGGGCCCGAUACGAGGGGACGUGGAGCAACGGGCUGCAGGACGGAUACGGCACCGAAACCUACUCUGAUGGAGGAACGUUUCAGGGCCAAUGGCUGGCCGGGAUGCGUCAUGGUUACGGCGUUCGGCAAAGUGUCCCGUACGGCAUGGCGGCCGUCAUCCUUUUCCCUCUGCGGACAUCCAUAAACUCACUCCGCUCUGAGCACAGCCACGGCCCCCCCGCCGUGCUCGAGGACGGCUCCGCCCCCACGCCCACAGAUGGGGUGGUGGCAGGGCUGGCCGGGAGCCCGGUGGGACGGGGCGGGUUUGCUCUGACGGCUCCCAGUGAGGCGGAACGCCAGAGGAAGAGGAAAGGUCGUUUCAGACAGUCCAUCCUGAGCGGCCUGAAGCUGCGGCGCUCCGAGUCCAAAAGCUCGCUGGCCAGCCAGCUGAGUAAACAGAGCUCGUUCUGCAGCGAGGCUGGCAUGAGCACCGUCAGCUCGGCGGCAUCCGACAUUCACUCCAAUGCCAGUGAGAGCGAGCAGGGGGCCCCUGUGGACGCCACGGUCACAGAGAUGUACGCAGGCGAGUGGCGGAGCGACCAAAGGGCGGGCUGGGGCGUGAGCCGGCGCUCGGAUGGCCUGCAUUACGAAGGGGAGUGGGCGGGAAACAAGCGGCACGGAUACGGCUGCACCACGUUCCCUGACGGCACCAAAGAGGAAGGAAAAUAUAAACAGAAUGUCCUGGUGAGCGGAAAACGUAAGAACUUGAUCCCUCUGAGGGCCAGCAAGAUCCGAGAGAAGGUGGACCGAGCCGUGGAGGCGGCGGAGAAGGCCUCAGACAUCGCCAAGCAGAAAGCAGAGAUCGCCAUGUCACGGAUGAGCCACGCCCGGGGGAAGGCGGAGGCGGCUGAAGGAGUCGCUGGGAAAGCGACUGAGGAGUGUCGACUCGCCCGGAUUGCCGCCAAAGAGCUCUCUCCCUCUUUCCAUAUCUACGGGAACGGUCUGGAGUGUCAGAGGCCCAAACACCAGGACGCCAAGGACAAAGACCAUGAGGUGAUCUCCACGGGAACAGACAGUCCGGAGCUGUGCACGCCGGACACCACACCCCCUGUCAUAUCACCUGACCUCAGCCCCGUGCUGAGCGUGCCCACCUCACCCCCCCACACCCCUCAAAAACACGCCCACCGCCCCCGAAACGCCUGCUUUAUGCGCCAGAGCGCCGUGGAUGAUCAAGGUGGGGCAGAGAUCCAAGUGCUGGUGGAGGGGAGGGGUGUGGACAUGCCUAGGGGCGGGGCCAACAACUGGAGCGAUGACGUGUACCCGGACCGAGGGGGCAGCAGCCGCUCCACCACGCCCUCCUUGCUAGAGGAGCACGAGAGUCAGAUCAACGGGCAUGAGCAGGCGCCGCUGUCCAACCACAAACCUCGGGACAAACCCUCGUCCAAUCACAAGUCCUCGUACAGAUCAUGGGAACACUCCCUGUCCAACCAAAAGCCCUCCAAGCACGCCUCGUCUAAUCACAAGUCAAGGGAGUACUCGUCGUCCAAUCACAAAACAUGGGAUCAUUCCUCCUCCAAUCACAAGGCCUGCGAGCACGCCUCGUCCAACUACAAGCCGCAGGUUCAUAUUUUAUCGAAUCACAAGGCCCCGGACCACACAACGUCCAAUCACAAGACUUCUGAGCAUGCUUCCUCCAAUCACAAGUCCCAUGAUUAUAUCUCGUCCAAUCACAGCGCAAAGGAGCUCGUCUCCUCGAGUUACAAACCCCGAGAGCAUGUCUACUCCAACCACCACCCGAAGCAGCACAACGCCCCCAACCACAAGCUGAGCGAGCACGCUGGACCCGGCCCCCGGCUGGACGGCCUCCCCGGGGGCUGGACCGCCGAGAGCACCUUGAGGUGGAGCCCCACCCACUCCCGCCUCACGGAGCAGGACGAUGAGCGGAUGAACGACUACACGGUCGACAUGAGGCUUCAGAGUGCGGACUCGCAGACGACUCGGGGGAGGGGCCACGAGUCCCCGCCCCCUAAGAACAACCGGCUGCGGACCCGAGGCCUGCGGCCGGUCAGGGAGGGGUCCAUGGACUCUGUACAGAUGCUGGACAACCUGAAUGUGGGGGCGGAGCUAGAGGAGUGGCCUCUGCACAGGGACCUGACCCUCUCACCCCCCCUCAAGUCUCCGCCCAUCACUCUGGAGCAGGACGGGGAAAAUCUCCCCCUCAAAUCAAACUCAGGCUCCAGCUCUAUUCUGGUGGUUAUGGUCAUUUUACUCAAUAUUGGAGUAGCCAUUCUUUUCAUUCACUUCUUUAUUUAAGCUUAUACAGGUAUGAUCUAUAAGACUUAUUGAUAACUACGGUAUAUUAAAUUAUUAUUGUUACGUACUGAGACGGACAUGGAGCCCGCAGCCGAGCGACAGACACAGCAGAGCCUUUUAUCGUUGCUACGUAUUCGUCUUCUCACUUCUGUUCGAGCACUUUCCUUUUUCAAAUGCUUAUUUUCAGCUUGCCACCACAGAAGAAGAAAGUGGAGUGUGCCGCUCUGAAGAGGGCGGAGUCUCAGGACACAUCUGCAUGUGCGUGCAGCGGCUCCUCCUGGAGAUGGCACAAGGCGGUUCUUCCUAUUUUUCCAUCAUUUUAGACGAGAUUAUAUAAAACAAACUUUGUUUCCUGCUAACAUGCUAACGUAUAGCAUGGUGCACACACUCCAUCCUGAACCCUUUAGCCUUUGAACCAUUUUCCAUGUUAGCCCCUCCCUCCAGUCUCCACCCUUAUCGGCACUAUGCGCUACAUACAGAACUAUGCUGCAGAGUAGAUCCAUUUUAAAGGGCUCCGUCAUGAUUCUUUCGUUUCCCACAAAGAACUUCACAGACACACACAACGAUUGCAUGAGGCUGUGUGGGCUUUAAAACGACGUUUUUAACCCUUUAACAUCACCGUUAAUCCUCUGAUCAUCACUUCCUGUCGCCCGGCGCUGAAGUGGAGAUCAGCGCCGCCAUCAAAUCAAAUCAUCCAAUCAAACUUUGAACCAAACGUCAGCGGCCGGCCGACACACACACACACACACACAGGCACACACAGAGGAGUGUGACCUUUGAGGAAGUUAUUUAGUGAACACACACACAAACACACACACAUUCGCACGCUAAAACUCACACACACACACACAUGUACCUGCUGACACAGUGAGGAGGAUAAGCCCCGCCCCCUUUGUACAGCCUGAGACUGUUAUGUUAUAACACUGAUUCUAAUAUAUACGUGUAUGUGUCAUUAUUAUUAUUAUUAUUAUUAUUACAGUUUGUUACUUUCUGCAGUUUGCAAACAGAGAGAAUGCAGAGUGCCUCGUAUCUAUUCAUUUUAAGUCGCUUUAAGCCCCGCCCCCCACACGUGGGCCGAGAGGAGACAACUGACCUUCAUCAAUAAGAAAGAUGACCUCCCACCCUCCUCACCCACCCACAGACCCCCCCCCUCCCCCUCCCCCUCCCCUCCCCUCACCCUGAAAUGGCAUGCACUGUUUUGUCUCUCUCCCCCUUUUCUCCCCCUUUUGGACCAGUCAAAAAGGGAAAAACGGGGUUUCUACGGUGUCAUUUCCAGACACGUUUUGGGCCGGAUGAGAUUUUUUUCAGCAUGUUUGUUCAGCCUGCUCAAUCUGGUGUCAGUUUGUGAGUUUCUCCCUCUCGUCUCUUUAAUCCAGCAACACAAGGCGACGUGAGACGAGGAGAGCGGUGUAAAAUAAACGCUAGCUUCUAACUCUCCGUGGGUUUAUGAAUGAUCAAAAGAAACUCUGCUACUGUAUGUUUUAUACUUCGCACCCAGUGGCAUCAUCAUGUUGUGACAUCAUUGCAUGCCCGAGCAUGCUCUUUCUUACUCUUUGGUUUAUGAGGUUGUUUCCAAGUUAAUGUGGAGAAAAUAAUGAAAUGUUUGAAAUUAA